CUUGAAGAGAAACGUUUUCCGUCUGUUUCUCAAACUUCUGUUCACCAAAAAGUCACACAUACAUUCAUAUAAUUCUAUUCCUCUUCGUGAUUCAUAUUGAUAAUGAAAAUACAAACUCCAUAUUUCAAUCAGUAUUAUUUAUUGAAUGUAAUUUUAUAUGCAUUCUUACGUGCUGAAAUAGUAUUCCUAUUAUCCAACCAACGUCCAUUGAGGCCUUUAGCUGCUCGAUUGAAAAUUGAAUGGGAUUAUUAUAAUCCGUAUUCUCGGUUGGCGAAUGGAGAUGUCUGUGACUAUUUCGUCGCCAGAGAAUGUGAUGUUUACUUCAGGCUAUGUCUAAGAAGGGAAACUGACAUAGACUAUUGUAAUCUUCUUUCGUAUACUACAAGUAAAUAUGAUAAUUCUGAUUAUAAGGAGUUUCAAGGAGAUUAUGGAAUUAAUCAACUUCUGCGUCAACCAGUUGCUAAUCAAUAUACUUUCGAAAUGAGCAUAUAUGAUGAAGAUACUAUUGGAAACGAUGAAAGAAUUGCCACUUUGAUAGCGGAAAACUUUACACUGCUACCAAAAAAUCAGUGGACAAAUAUAACUAUGGUCAGACUAUACACAAACGACUAUAACGGGAUUUAUGUGAAUGUGCGAAUGAAACUGAAUUGUUUAGAGAAUUACUAUGGUAAUCAGUGUUAUGUUUAUUGCAAUCCGGAACCAUCUCGAUAUACAUGCAAUUCAGAUGGCUCAUAUAAUUGUACUCCAGGUCUACGAGGGAUAAGAUGUAAUAAAGAAGAUUCAUGUUAUUAUGAACCAUGCACUGAUCAUGCAACAUGUGUAAAUAAAAACCACGGAACUGGACGUAUUUGUAUUUGUGGUGGGGAAGAAAAAUCAGAAUGUUAUCCAGAUCGUAAUCCGUGUCAAACAAAUCCUUGUCAAAAUGGUGGCCAAUGCCAACUUAGCGGACACUAUAAUAAAAGUUUCACAUGUCAGUGUACUGAACAAUGGACUGGACAUCGAUGUACUGAAAGACGAUCAGCGUGUCUGGAAGAAGCCUUAAAACUUCAAUAUGAUGGCAAUUUUGCAACUGGAUAUGAUGUUAACAACACUGAAUCGCCUCCAGUUUGUUUGAAUGGUGGGACAUGUUAUGAGCAUGCAACAAAAUUCGAAGUUAGUUGUCUAUGUUUACCUGAAUGGACAGGUGAUAGAUGUGAGUUGUCUGUGGAAAUGGAGUCGUGGAAAACCAACUGGAUAUUACUCACACUAACAGCUGCAGGCAUUAUUCUGAUCGUGAUAUUAACAGUCACCAUUGUCUGGAAAUUUGUCAGCAAAAAACGUUUAGUCAAACUGAAUAUCAAACCUGGACCGAUUGUAUACUAUCACAAUCCUAGAAAUUCAGACCAAUCAAAUUAUAGUCGUCUAUGGCCAUUGAAUCCAUAUUCAAUGAAUAGUACUUGGAAUGUUCCACCCACUGAUGUCAAACCAUCUUAUGCUAUUGAUUCAAAAAAUCUGGAGCUAAAUCCACUUGAUGAAUAUGAAUAUGCUGAAUUUGAUCCCCUAGCAGAGACAAUUGUAGGUCCAUUCGAUGAAGAUGCCCCUCCACUACCGCCUCUACGACCAACAACAUUCGAUGCUUCACCAUACCAAUUACUAAAUGCAUGCACUCAAAUAAUCGAUAAACAAAGACCAAAAUCUCCAUCAACAUUGAGUACAUUCACAAAUAAUUUCAAUGACACAACAUCAUAUCAUCAACCAUCUGGUCUACAAUCUGAACAAUUACCUAGUGUUUCAAUCAUCAAAUCAUCCACUUUUGAUAAUAAUGAUAAUAACAGUGAUAAGCCAACUGAUUAUCCGCAAACAACAAGUAUUAGUAAUGUUCAGUAAAAGCUUAAAAAUAAAUCACUUUUAUUUACAUAAAUAACUCCAUUUCUAAACAUUACGCAUGAAUCAAUAAUAUUUUUCCUAAAAAUAUGAGAAAAGAAUGAAAAUUUAAAAGAUGAUUUCAAAAUUUAAUCCCGGGAAUGUAUACAAUCUUUACUUGAUUAAAUAAAAAGUAGGAAUUUGAAUAAAGCGGUGAAAAUAUCUCUUUCGAAAUUUGGCUUUGUUCCACUGUUCGUUUUGCUCAGUUACUUUGCUUGUUUUGUUUUAAUCAGUUAUCGUGAUUUAUGAUUUGUGAUUUAUCUUCC